GCUGUCUGUUCUGGGGCCGCCCUCCAUCCCGUCCACCAGGCCCAGUGAAGCGGCUGUGGACCCACAUCUGGACCCACUGCUUCUCGACAUCUCCAUGACAACCAGGGCCUUGGAAGAGCUGGAUGGAGGCCUGGGCAACUGCCAGGCGAGUGAGGACCUCUCUGCACUGGAUGACCACUACCCUGGCCAACCUCAGGAUAACAGGACUCGAGUGAUGCCCAGUCUAGCUGACUCCAGCGUCUGGCCCCACGAUUCUCAGGAGCCUGAGGCUGAGGGCAGUCCCACAGGCGGAGUGGAUGCCAGGCCCAAGAAGACAGAAAAGGGGCCUGUAGCCAAAAUGGCCCCAGGACCGGGCAAGGAGAGGCUGAAAGCAGGAGCAACUCCCCGGAGCCCUGCACGCAAGAAGGCACAAGCCGUGCCACCCCCGCAGCCGCCCCCACCGCCCCGGGCCCUGAGCGAGGAGCUACCCUGGGGAGACCUGUCGCUCAACAAGUGCCUGGUGCUCGCCUCGCUGGUGGCACUGCUGGGCUCAGCCUUCCAGCUGUUCCACGAUGCUGUGGCUGGGGAGGCGGACGCCCCUGCGCCUGUCCCUGAGCCAUGGGUCCCACCAAGCUCGGCCCCAAAGGAGCCUGCUUUGCCCCUGCCAACGCCCGUGGCCUUGGCCCCUCCAUCCGGAUCCCCUGUACCCCAGAUGGAGGCAGGGGAGAAGACCAAGGUUCCUGGGAGAGCGGAGGCUGUAGAGAAGGAAAAGGGGGAGCCUGGGGAGGCCGCUGGGAAGGAGCGCGCGCCCCUGGCCCACCGAGGGCUGAAGGAGAGGCCGCGGAAAGAGAGUCCGCGGAAGGAGAGGCGCCGGAAGGAGGAAAGACCGCGGAGGGAGGAGACAACGCAGAAGGCAGAAAAGCCACGGGCCGCUAGGGAGCCCCGGGGAGCCCAACCCCGGGGCUGGGAGGCACGCGAAGAAGGCCGUCGGCCGUGGGUGAGGGACUCCCGAGACCCAGAGCACAGGAAAAGGCAGACCUGGGCUUCCCCGCGGCGCCCCGACGAGGAAGACUGGCCUCUGUGCCGCCGGAAGCACCGCACCGGCAAGGGGCGGGACUGAGCCGGAUCUGGAUCCUGCGCUGGAAUCUCGGGCCUCUUCUUGUGGCCCCCGGUUCCAGCAAAAUAAAGGGAGUACUGCGGUC